AUGUUAAAUAAGCUUCUUUAUUCAAAACGGGGACACGGUACAGUGGUGCUUCUAUUCUUCUGUGUAUUAGCAUCAAUAUUACUCGUGGACACCUUAAUUCAUGAUCGGUACUUAGUACGGAAAAAUUCGGAGUCUACGGCAACAGGAUUAAUUCCUGCUCGGAAGAACAUUGUGUACCCGAAUACCUUCAACUUGGCCAACGACAGACAAGAUCUUUUGAACCACUAUAACAUAUAUUUCAACGAACUGAACGCACAGGCAAACUCUGACGCGUUUAACAUCUUCCGCUAUGACGGUCUGACCUCAUGGUUGCAUCCACAACUUAUAGGGGGUCAAUACCACCCUCACAACUUGCAAGUAUAUGAAUAUCAGGAAAUAAAUGACUGUGCAAAGAGACGUAACGACAUUUCGGUUGAAAUCAGUAACUACAUCCAGUUGGAUCCAGAGUUGGUGGAGAUGGUGAAGGUGAUGCAACGACAAUUAAAGACCGAAAAAGCCUUUGAAGAGUUAAAGCCGUUUUUCAAAGACGACCUUCGAACCCAGUUAAAAACAGGUAGUUUGACAUCACACUGGUAUAAGUUCGCUGGUAGUUCGGUAUGGCUCGAGAAGUUGGGAGUCCAUAUGGUGAUUUCGAGAGUUAUAUACUCGAUUACUGGAAGCAAGCGGAAGCCAAUUAUGAGUUUAGCCUAUGUUCAGAUUUAUGACCAAUACUGGACCGAGUUGAAAGACGUCGAGUUGGUGUUGCCCAUUCAGAAUGAGCUAUCCGAGACGGAAUACAGUGCCGUCAAGUUCCCUAAGUUUUUACCUAUUCCGUUCUAUAAUGAUCCAAAGUACCAGAAAAAGGUUUACUACGGGCCGGAAGACACAAGACUUUUUUUGGUGAAAAACGAUCAGGGCGAAGAAGAACCCAUGAUUAUCUUCAAUUCAUACCAUCGUAAGGUCAUCAAGAAUGAUGGAGUUUCCGAGAAGGAAAUGACGGUAUCUUUUGGAUUUUAUAGGUCGAUGUUUCUCUCGUGGCCUUUCCGAAUGCAACGAGGAAAAAUCAACGUUGAUGGAGUUUCAAACAAAAAAUCCGAUAGUAUCCUUUAUAACAAGGUGGUAGAGUUGAGAAGGGAAGAUGUACCUAGGUUGAAGAUCCAGAAGAACUGGACUCCUAUGAUAAGCUUUGAGGAUAGAGACGAGUACGGCCAUGACAGGUAUAUGUACUUUGUGUACCGAUGGUCCAAGCUUGAGAUUCUCAAGUGUAACUUGGAUAACUUCAUAGAAGGGACUUCUACUUGUGUCUACGACUAUCAACGGAAGCUUGAUCUGUCUGGAGAUGAGGUUGGCCCUUUGAGAGGAGGUACGGAAAUGUUGAAUAUUCGAGAUAUUCUUCAUGAGGUUCCAGAUGCUUUGCAAGGCAGGGAAAUGUGGGUGGGAUUUCCGAGGGCCCAUAUAAAGGACUGUGGGUGUGGUAAGGACAUGUAUAGACCAAACUUGGCCGUCAUCACCAAAGAAUCUGACAAACUGUACAAAUUAACUCAGUUAUCGUCAUACACUUCUUUGGAUAUAGAAGUGUCUGGGUGGACCAACCCCAAAAUAUUGUGUGCUUCAAGAGAUCCUAACGCGUUAAUUUCCAAUGGGAUUUCGGGCUGGACCUAUCACAAUGAUGUUGACUAUCUUACCCUUUCCUUAUCGGUGGCAGAUGAGACUAAUCACCUCAUUCACAUCAAGAACUUGUUGAAUACCCUUUUGUAUUCAACAUCCAUGAUGAAGAGAGAAGCACGAGAUGGCUUUGACGAUUCGAUAAUUGACUGUGCCAUUUCAGAGUCUUCCAAAUUCUGUAAAUCAUAUGGUGAGGAGAUGAAGAAAUUAGAUAAAACCCCUCCACCAGAACCAGACUAUUAA